AUGGAGUUGUCAAACGAAAUAAAAUGGUUCAACUCUUUGAUAAGAUAUAUAUACAAGACAAUUAUUGAAUCUAAGAGAUUUGUUUGUGGCAGUGAAAAGGAAGAUGGUGCGAAGGUAGUGAGAGUAGAGAACUUUGAGAACCCUUACAAAGACCAAGACAACUUCGACAAAAGGUUCAAGUUAUCGCUCAACAAAUUGUACGCGUGGAACCUGGUGGAGUACGAUAGGGUCGUCAUGUUGGAUGCAGACAAUCUUUUUCUCCGGAGAACCGAUGAAUUGUUUCAGUGUGGACAAUUUUGUGCUGUCUUCAUCAACCCUUGCGUCUUUCACACUGGUCUCUUCGUCCUCCAGCCAUCAAGUGCAGUGUUCAAGGACAUGGUUCAUGAAUUACAAAAUGGGAGAGAGAAUCCAGAUGGUGCAGACCAAGGUUUCAUAGCUAGUUACUUCCCAGAGUUGCUUUAUAGGCCAAUGUUCCUUCCAAAUCCAAAUGGCUCCAAGCUUCAAGGAACUUAUAGACUUCCUUUGGGUUAUCAAAUGGAUGCUUCUUACUACUAUCUUAAACUUCGAUGGAGCAUACCCUGUGGACCAAACAGUGUGAUCACGUUCCCAGGGGCGCCGUGGUUGAAGCCGUGGUAUUGGUGGUCAUGGCCGGUGCUUCCAUUAGGCCUCCAGUGGCAUGAACAACGUCGUCAAACUUUGGGGUAUGCUGCAGAGAUGGCUGUGGUAUUUAUCCAAUCUGCAAUAUAUAUCGGACUAAUAGCGAUGACUCGUUUGGCUAGGCCAAGCCUCUCGAAGCUCUGCUACCGGCGCUUCGAUAAGAGUGUCAUCGUGGUGCAAAGUAUCCUCAAACUAGUGGCAUUGUGGACAAUCCUUGCUGCAUACACAACACCUUUCUUCAUCAUCCCUCACACUAUUCACCCUCUACUAGGCUGGGCCCUGUACAUACUGAGUGUCUUUGCGCUAUGCUCGAUUGCGACUAAUGCCUUUCUGCUACCAAUGUUGCCUGUUGUGGCGCCGUUGCUGGGGAUCAUUGGGUCCUUAAUGGUCAUGGCGUUUCCUUGGUAUCCGGAUGGCGUGGUGAGGGCCUUGUGUGUGUUUGCUUACGCCUUUUGUGCCGCGCCAGUUCUUUGGUCAUGUAUUGUGAGGAUAAUGGCUGGUCUUCAGGUAUCUUUAGAAAGGGAAGCUUUUAUGCCUAGAUUAGGAGAAUCUUCACCACCUUCUUGGUUUAACAAAUUAUAUUGAGCUGUUUGGUUCAAGUGGGGAUGUGAAACAAUUGAAACUACUCUCUCCGUUUCAUUUUAUCUGUCACUGUUGUUUUAAAGUACAUUCUUUAAUCAGUUUAUAUAUUGAUAUAAGAAUGUACUAAAAAGUGAAAAAUAAAAGGGAACAGAGGAAGUGUCAUUUCUUGAUUUGUUUCACUAUACAUGAUUGUGGAGGGGAGGAAUUGAAGUGCCGUGGAUUUUGUACCAUCUAAUGGGUGUUUUGGUCUUGGAUUAUUUUACACUGAAAAUAAGCCAAGGCAAACACACAAGAUUUCAAUUUCAUGAUUGAAAUUAUUUGAGUCCAAAGGAAGAGGACAGGGAAGUUAGAUUAGGGUUGUAUAGAACAUUAGGAAUAUACAAUUGUUUUCACUUAUAUGUAUUAUCUUAUUUGAUUGAUUUCCGAUUAA